GAAGACACAGUUUUAACAUAAAGAGCAGCUGAGAGAACGGUAUAUUAUUAGUGAGCAGAAUGGAAGACUUGGAAAAGAGGUUUGACAUACCAAUAUUAGCAGGGUGCAUGGAAUGUUAACAUAUGAGAAUUCACAUACAAGCCACAAAAAGAAAGAGCAAAACCUGACAGAUGAUUCCGGUAAUGUUUCACAGUGGCUUAUUUGGUCCAUGGACAGACACUCUGGAAGAGCAAGUGAUUUACUUGGAAAGAAGAAAAAAACUUUAUAACAUCCAAUCCCAACCAAUAAUAUUAAAAUGGAUUGACUGGUCUUCCUCGCUAGCGGGCUGAAGAGAUCAGUCUGGGUGCCAACCGAACUUCCUAGGAAGGUUUUAUUUUUUUUCCAGAAGUGACCCAGAGAAAAUGAACAGCGUGUUCUUUCUACCUUUCACUUUGACCGAUGGGGUCCGUCUGAGCAAUCCAAGCUUGACCCAGAAUAUAAUUUGUGAUUGAACAUUUUUACCACCCCAUUUGCACACACCUUUUUUGUACAUCAGUCAGUACACCCGGCACCUGCAGGAGUCUUAUAUAUCAAGAUAAUACAAGACCAUGGAAUUGUUAGAUCAGAUUUACCCGGAUUACAAUUUUAGAAAUACUUCCAGCAAUAAUACAAACCAAGAAACUUUCUUAGAUAUAUCUAACAAUGAUUUGAUCGGAACAUCAGUAAUUGGCAUCUUGCUGUCCUUAAUGUGUGUUGCUGGUGUGGUUGGCAACUUUUAUACUCUAGUGGUAAUUUGUAUCUCAGUGACAACAUUCACAUCGAUGUACAUCCACAUACUUAAUUUGGCUUUGGCUGAUUUGUUAUAUCUUUCAACCAUCCCAUUUAUUGUCCACAACAGCUUUGUAAAGGACUGGUACUUUGGAGAGGCUGGCUGUAGGGUUCUGUUGAGCCUGGACCUUCUGACCAUGCAUGCCAGCAUUUUCAUCUUAACAGUAAUGAGCACUGAGAGAUAUAUUGCAGUGAGUAAACCUUUUAAUACUGUUCGAGGGUCAAAGAGAUACCGCAAAAGCCUGGCAUUUGCAAUCUGGGUGUUAUCUUUCCUUUUGACAUUACCCAUGAUGCUGAUGAUACAUCAAGAAGAAAGGAUUCUUGACAAUGGUACAGUCCGGAAUUUAUGUACCCCCACGUGGAGCGAUGAACAAUAUAAGAUAUAUCUUACAGUGCUAUUCACUACAAGCAUCCUUGCUCCUGGGGUAAUUAUUGGCUAUUUAUAUACCAAACUGGCAAGAGCUUAUUGGAUAUCUCAAACCAAAAGCCUUCUAAAUAAGGAGCUGCCAAGAUCUCCAAAGCAAAAAGUGAUACUGAUGAUCUUCAUUAUUGUGCUUGCUUUCUGGGCUUGCUUCCUCCCAUUCUGGAUUUGGCAGCUAGUACCUCUCUACAGUAACGAGGAGCUGAGGUUAUCUGUUCAAACUGAGAUCUAUGUAAAUACUCUGGUGACUUGUCUUACCUACGGCAACAGCUGCAUCAACCCCUUUCUGUAUACUUUACUAAGCAGAAAUUACAAGGAAUAUCUUCGCAAUAGGCAAAGGGGAGGACUCGGAUCCCUGAGCCUUAAGGGUGGAACAGGCUACCCGGACAAUCCUGCCAAAAGAUCCUUGUCCGGAGGAAGCAACCAGGGUACAGAGACUGUUACCUUAAGCAAUGCAAAGUUGGCAGUAAAAACACAGCAUUCAGUUUGAACAAGAGGUACGGCAGCCUACUACUGACUGAGCCUCUGCAAUUCAUCUUCUACAGUAAAUCUUUCACACGGGGAAGUCAAACAGUCUUUGUAUAACCAACCAGCGGGGACAAAGAACACCUCAAGAUCAACAUAAAAGUGACUGUCUAACAAAAUAUAUUAAAGCGGAACUUUACCUCAUAAUAAAACAUUUGCGAGCAGGCAGGCUUUUAUUGCAGAGGAGACGUGCUAUGUUUCUUCUGCAAUAAAACCUUCUUACCUCUCAAUAUUCCUAAAAAUAUACACUGAGCCGUGUCCACUCUCAGCAGGCCUUGGUUUCAGGAUGAAAUAAAGCAUUUUUGUUUUGGAUAAAA